AUGGGAAAUGAUGGUGGAUCUUUUAAUAAAGUAAAAAAGCUGAAUAUUGGUCCGGCUGAGGGUACUAACACAGCCAAAGAUGACAAUAUAGAAAGGUUUGCAGUGGAUUCGAAAUGGAAAUACUGCAAAUUGUCAAAUAAAAGGCUCCAGCUGCCUAUAGUGAGCGAUUAUAAAGGAAACUUAUUUAAUAAAGAGGCAAUCCUGGAAUGGCUGUUGACGCCAGGACGAGAAGACUACAGCAAUGAUCAGAUUAAAAACUUCUCUCAUAUAAAAAAAUUGGACGAUGUUAUAGAACUCAGAAAUCUCAAAGAAAUAGAAAGCACUGACGAAGGGCAUAACAGUGGUUCCACAAUAGUGUGCGAAUAUGGUGAGGGUGUAUUUGGCAAGUCGGUGACACAAUUCAUUUAUCUUGCUACCUGUGAUGAUGUACUACCUGUAAAAGCAUUGGAUUUGGUGAACAAAAAAAUCUGUCCAAAGUGUGGCAUCCCGUAUCAGACACUUGAUGUGAUAAUGAUAUAUCCCCCCGGCCUGAAUGAUGUGAAACGAUUGGAGGAUCGACAUGAAAUGCUCAGAAAGGCCAAUAAACAUCAUAACGGGAGGAAGAAAAAGCUCAAAAGGAAGAGAGAAUCGAAAAAUGGGCGCUUAUCGCAACUAGUUAAGAAUAGAAAAGUGACACCUGAUUCUCUUAAAUAA